AUGUCGGGCCCGGGAGCCAGCUGUGCAGUGGAUGGAGAGACAAGGAGCCCCUUCUGUGAUGGGAGAGAAGAAAGCCCGUUAGGAUCAAAAGCCGAGAGCAGCGAGGGGAGCGCCAGAUAUCGCCAGCAGAUUGUCUGGAGGAAUGUCGUCCUAAUGACACUGCUUCACAUCGGCGCUGUCUACUCCCUCUGCCUCAUCCCCAAGGCCCAGCUGCUUACUUUGAUCUGGGCAUAUUUGUGUUUCCUAAUGACGGCUCUGGGGGUGACAGCUGGUGCACAUCGUUUGUGGAGUCACAGGUCCUACAAAGCCAAGCUGCCUUUGAGGAUGUUCCUGGCCGCGGCCAACUCCAUGGCUUUUCAGAAUGACAUUUUUGAGUGGUGUCGAGACCACCGGGUGCAUCACAAGUACUCGGAGACGGAUGCUGACCCCCACAAUGCAUGUCGUGGCUUCUUCUUCUCCCACAUCGGCUGGCUCUUUGUCCGCAAGCAUCGCGAUGUCAUAGAAAAAGGCAGGAAGCUGGAUUUCACUGACCUGCUGGAUGACCCUGUUGUGCGGUUUCAAAGAAAGUACUAUAAGAGUUCGGUAGUGCUAAUGUGCUUUGUGAUCCCCACCCUGGUGCCCUGGUACAUCUGGGGGGAGAGUCUGUGGAAUUCCUACUUCCUUGCUUCCAUCCUUCGUUACACCGUCUCUCUCAACGUCACCUGGCUGGUCAACAGCGCGGCUCACAUGUACGGCAAUCGACCCUACGACAAGUACAUCAGCCCCCGGCAGAAUGCAUUUGUCACUUUAGGAGCAAUUGGUGAAGGCUUCCACAAUUACCAUCACACCUUUCCAUUUGAUUAUUCAGCCAGCGAGCUUGGCUUGAAAUUCAACCCAACCACAUGGUUCAUUGACUUCAUGUUUUGGUUGGGGCUGGUUACUGACCGAAAACAGGCUCCCAAAGAGAUGAUCUUAGCCCGCAAAGAGAGGACUGGUGAUGGCAGUGCUUGA